AUGCAAUCUAAGUCACCUAAAGUCAUCAAUGAAAAUCUUUGGAAAAGAAAAGGAAAAGAAGAUGACUCAAGUUUACAAAGUUUCUAUAUUGGAGUAUUGAAUAAAUUUUAUGAUAUUCGAAUUGAAAAACCUAAACUUAAUAAAAUGAAGGAAUAUCCAUUUUUUAGAAUUAUAUCAAUUGCUACAGAAAAUGAUGAAAUUCCAUUAGCUGAAUAUGUAGACAAUAGGUGUAAUGAAAUAUAUGAUUCAGACCUUUUAAAUGGUAUUCAAAUAUCUAGUGUAGAAAGGAGGUUUGAAAAGAAUUUAAUAAGAGAAACAUUAAAUAUUUUAUUGGAUGCAGUUGAAAUGAAAAAUUAUUUAGUUCAUUCAAGUAAAGGAAAGAUUCAUGUUGAUAAAAAUAUAUUUUAUAUUAAAGAUUUCUUUCACACUAAACAGAUUCUUGAUAAAGGACAAGAAAUUAAUUCAUUUAUAUGUUCUCUUUUUAAUAAUGACGAUGAUAUUCUCUUGAGUAGAAACGACUUUACAAUUCAACAAAUUCUUGGUUUUUAA